AUGAUAAUAUUUGUCAGAAAUUCACCAAAAAGACAAUCAAUUUUUAAUGUUCUCCAGAUUGAAAACAAUUUACCAUCAAAAUUUCUUAGACCAUUUUGCCCAACAAGAUGGUGUAUGAGAAUAGUUUCUUUAAAAACUGUAUAUUUAAAUUAUGCAAUAUUGAUUGAAUUUUUAAAAACUCUUUCGAAUGAGAAUAGUGAAGUUGGAGCGACAACAAAGGGAUUUCUUAAUCAGAUAACUAAAUUUGAGUUUUUAUUUCUUACAAAUAUUAUGAUUUCUAUUUUUGAUCGUGUAGAACUUUUAAAUGCAGAGUUGCAAAGAGUAACAUUAAGCUUCCAAGAAGCACAAAAUAAAAUUAAAAAUGUAAGAGCAUCAAUUCAGGAACAAAGGAAUUCUGGUUUUGAUAUUUUAUGGAAUGACUCAAAAUUAAAGUCAAAUGAAUUGUGUUUGGAAGAAAAAGAUAAAACUAGAAUCCGAAAACUACCAAAACGAUUUACUGAAGGGAGCGAACCACAUAUAUUUUCUGACUUUCGAGAAGAAUAUAAAGCUUCAUUCUAUGAGAUUAUUGAUGUAAUAUUAGCUUCAUUAGAUAGGCGGAAUCAACAAAAUGUUAUUGAACAUUUAUCGUUAGUUGAAAGAUUCAUCAUUGGGAAAGAAACUUCACAUAAACAUAUAAUUAAAUUUUAUGGAUCUGACUUUGAUGGUGAUAAAUUGCAAUUACACAGGGAUAUGUGA